AUGUCUUCUACUUUUAAUAAAAAUUCUGUUAUUAGACAUUCUCUCGUCGAAGGCCACGAAGUUCUUGUUAAAAAAUUUAUUGAUUUGGCAAGUAACACUCUUGGGGGACGCAUAAUAGAUGUUUCUGAUGAAUUUUUCGUCGAAGCCGCGAAUUUAUUGAAACCUACUAAACCUGUUAAAGAUCCUCACAAAUUUACUG